AUGUCCGAAAGCUUCCUCCUACCCUCGACUAUCUCGUCGAAGAAAUCAUCGAGCUGCCCGAUUAUCCCCUCCACCCCACACUGCAAAACCCCGAAACAAUUUUUCAAGUUCUCAACUCUUUCGUCUAUAUCGAUACCAAUUUCGUUCUCAUACCCGACAUCCACACCCUCGAUCGCCAUUUUCAGCUCGUCCAACGCAAACUUUGCUGCCCGGAACUCGAAAAGAGCCACCCCCGCCUCCAUCCCGAGAUUCGCACUCGAGGCCACGAAACCCGAGCCAUUGAACGAGCUCAUCAAGAUAUCUUCGUGUUGCCCGUUUUCUAGGGCGAAUAAGCUCGUCUCGGGCAAAAAGUAG